AAUAGGGCGCUCGGCUGUUCUUCAACACGAACAAGGGAUGCUAUCGCACUUCUUCAGUUUGUGAACCACAAUAUUAUUACAGUGUUAUAAGUAUUAUAUUGGAUGCUGAUAUAAUAUUUCUCUCUUGCUCUCGAGCUCAUCACCACAUUCAGAUAUGAUUGACGAAGCAGUUUCUCAAUACUUGAGAGUCGUAUCAUCAAAAAAGAACGUUGGGGCGAUCGACUUUUUUGUCACAAGGAAUGCUAUGUCCCAGGAUUGUGGCUCGAUGUCUGCGGCAUGGCUUCGUGGAGUGAACCGUCUCAAGAAUCAGAACCUCAAGCGACGGCUGAAAGCUGAUUGGGAAGCUACCGCGAAGACGCGCAAAGCUUUCUGGGAUGGACUUGAUGAACAAGAACGAGACCAAAUGUACCGUAGAGAUAUCGAAAAGUCUGUCGUAGGAGACAAGCUUUACGUUGCAGUUCAGCAUUCAAGUCGAAUUCAAAAGGGCCCAAUCCCUCAUUCUACAACCUCAACCUCGAGUUCAUCGUCAUCGUCAUCGUCAUCAUCAUCAUCGACUCACGCUGUGUCAUCAUCUGCGAGUUCAUUGUCAUCGGUCAAUGCUGUGUCUUCAUCCACUCGAGUAACAAAGGCUACCAAGCAAACGCCACCCUCAUUAGAAGAACCAUGGCAAACUCUACAAGAUUGCGCCCAGAAAGUAGCCAGAAACGUCCGAUGCCAUUCCUUGAAAUCGAUAUAUCGUCAAUGUCAGAGACUAGAGCAGGGCUUUUCCAACAUGCUUACGAUUCACUGCUUCUAUAUCAAGGCAAUGGAGAAGAUCUCGUUACACUAAAAGACGCGUUGUAUGCUGUUGUAAUUCUACA